CAUCGCGAGCCGGAGCCGACGCUGUGGCUGCGAGGAGACGCAGCCGCUAUCGGCGGGAGGAGUGAUGCCCUGCCCCGCCUGGCUGGCGGCCGUGCGGCGGCGGCAGCCCCGGACGCAACGCAAGAAACGUGUCUCAGGACUUGUGGUACGGAUUUUGAAGGUCACUGACGCACUUCUGCAAACCGGUUAUUGCUCAGAUCCAGUGAGUGUUGUGUACAUGAGACCAUUAAAAUGGAUUUUUUUGUUUCUUGUUGUAUUUUCUGUCACAGCAAUGUGGUACGUGGCUUUUUCUUCCAACACUGUGAUUAAGCAUACAAACCUCAUGUAUUUCUAUGAAUAUGAACCAGUUUACAAGCAACAUUACCUCUUCACGUUGCGGGAGCGCUUGAAAUGCAAAGACAUAAAUCCAUUUCUGGUCAUCUUGGUGUCUUCACGUCCUGAGGACGUGACGUCAAGGCAGGCCAUCAGGAUGACAUGGGGGUCUCAAAGCUUCUGGUGGGGACAUCGAAUUCUAACCCUGUUCUUACUAGGUCAAGAUUCUCAAAGAGAAAACAAUGCUGCAGCCCUGUCAGUAGAAGAUGAAAGCAUCCUCUAUGGUGACAUAAUUCGCCAGGAUUUUAUGGACACUUACAACAAUCUUACCUUGAAAACAAUCAUGGCAUUUCGGUGGGUCACUGAGUUCUGUUCAAACACUAGGUUCCUCAUGAAGACUGAUACUGAUGUCUUCAUCAACACUGCUAACUUGAUAAAAUUUCUUCUGAAGCUAAAUUCAUCAGAAAAUAUUUUUACUGGUUAUCCUCUCAUUGAUAACUUUGCUUACAGAGGCUCUUACCAAAAAACAUACAUCUCGUAUGAUGAAUAUCCAUUCAGAUUGUACCCUCCGUAUUGCAGUGGGAUGGGCUAUAUCCUAGAUGGAAAACUGGCCCUGAGAAUUUAUGAAUUGAUGAGUCAUAUCAAACCUAUUAAAUUUGAGGAUGUUUAUGUUGGAAUUUGCUUAAAUCUGCUUAAUGUGAACAUCAGUAUUCCAGAAGAUAACCAACAAUUCUUUCUUUAUAAAAUUAAUUUUGACAUCUGUAAGUAUAGGCAUUUGAUUGCAGUACAUGGCAUUACAUCAAGUGAAAUAAUCAGGUUUUGGCAGGAUUUGUCAUCAAACAUUUCAGUUAUUUGUCUUUGAUUCUGUGUGAACACAUAAAGUGACAUGUAUUUAAUGUGAAAAGGUCCAGGGCAACACCGAACAAAACCACAGCUGCAGAGAUGGCUUCAACUGAAGGAGGGCUGCACUGCUGGGGCAAAGUGCAGUGACAGCAUUUCUCUGUGACUUUCUGCUACUGUGAAAUAAAGUUAGGAAUUCACAAAGCACUUUUCCAUGUACAUACCCUGUGCAUGCAGGAUACUUUGGAAUACACCACCCUAACUUCCUCUGCUGCUUCUCUAUGUGAUCAGCUAUAGCUACAGGGGUUCUACCUGAAUCAUCUGGAGUAUAUGAAAUGUCACCAAGGAAUAAUGCUUAUGCUAAGAAACUGGGUUUGGAGAUGCUUCCCAGAUUCCUGCCUGGAUUGCUUUAAUUGGCUGUACAAGUACAUCAUCCUUUGCCACUUUCAAGUAUUUGUUCUGUGUCCAUUAUGAAGCUUCUGCUGCCCUUUUUCUUUCACUAUAUCACCACUGUAGUUGUCCCAAGAGUUUACACCUUCUUAUUUAAAUGUAUCACAUCUGAAAUUGCUCUGGGAGUGUUACAAGCCUGUGGACCUUGUGGGGUCUGCAGAAACUGAUGGGAAAUUCUGGGAAUGGGAUGCACUCUGUGUGUGUGUGCCUAUAGAUGGAAAAAACAGAAUUACCUUGGUGUCAUCAGUAAUGUUUGUAGCCUACUAGAGGGCUAGAUGCAGUAGAGUUCACACACAGUUUAGUUACUAGACAUCUCUAAUACAUCAGGAUAAUCAAACCCCAUGUAUGUACACACCUACAUGUGUGUACUUCUGCAUGGGAAUUUUCGAACCACAUCAGGAAGAUUCAAAUAUCAUCAUUUAUAAUGUGACAUUUUUUAGAAACAUCUCUCUCUAAAAAGAGCUUUCUUCAAAUUUUAAAAUUAAAAAGGUAAGAAAUGCUAAAAUUUGUAUUUCAUAAAGAAGACAAACUACUGUAUCUGUAAAGACAGGUAUUUUAAUCACUUUAUUCAUCUCAGCAAGGCCAAGUUUUCAGUAGUUUACACUUCUAAUAGACAACACUACAGAAUUUGCAACUGCAUUAACAUAAUUAUUUUUGACACAUCCACUACACAGUGAAGAUACUAUAGUUGCAUCCUGUACACCUAGAAUGACACCUUGUUUGUCCUACAGCUAGGAUGGUACCGUGUAUUUACAUUUGGCUGUCUUUCAGCUAGUCUCUUAGAGACGAAUUAGAAGAGGUGCAGAAACCUCUAGUACCAAGUUGGAGGUUUUACCAGUUUUUUUGUUACAUUCUGAUUAUGGUCAGUAUUGAAUUUUGCUACCUUAUCAUCUACUGCACAUGGGCUUUUGAUGGAAUUACAGGAAGUGUUAUAUUUUUUAGAUACAAAAAUGAGGUCCUGGGGACCAUACUCUCUAAACAAGUAUUUCAGAUGUCACUGUUUUAAGAAUGUAUGUUAAGUAGGUCAACACUUUUCAAAAAUAGGUAUUUUUUUUUAGUUAAACUAAAUAGCUGAAGAUACAGUAUUGCAUAAUGGAGGGAAGAAUGCUCUUCUGUUUCUCAAAACAGAGGUAAAAACACAGCUGUUCCUGCAGGCUUAGGAUCUUUUCUUUGAUUGUUGUACUGUGAUCAGAUCCCGAGAGCUCCGUGAGAAAUCUGUCACUUGUUCUUUGAUUGUUUAUACAUCUUAAGGAAAAUCAACCUGCUUUUUUUUUUUUGUUAUAGGCCUUCCAUGUUAAAUGUUAAGAAAUCAGUUAUUUGUCACAAGAACACCGAUGCUACCACAGUUUGUAUUGCUUUUUCAAAAGAAAAUAAAAAAUGUAAUUAUGAGAGACACUGCAGUCUUCAGAAGCUGGUUGGCUGAAGCAGCCAGUGCUCCUGCUGAGAGACCCAGAACCCACAGUCACAGAGAGGUGGCUAUGGGCAAAACACAGCCAUCACUAAGAUGCCAAGCAAGGUAAUUUUUAGUAUUUGUGCCCCACAAUGAUAAUGCCAGUCAUAGAUUACAGGGGUUUUGCUCAUACACAGUGACCUGUUUAUGCCACCUGAAAUUAUCAUGUAAAGUGACAUCAAUUCUGCAAGAAAUGUACGGUGUAAAAUAUUCCUGCUCAUUUUUUUUUUUUU